UUGUUUCACAACACUUUCUCUAUUUUUCCCUGCUUCUUCAGCAGUACUUUUAGCUCUUGUUCGUAAUUUUUUUAUUUGUGCUCGUGUUUUCAAUUCUCAUUCUCGCAAGUUGUAGCCGAUUGAAACGUUUUUGGGAGAAACUUCUGCGCGUGCACUUUCGCUCGCUCGCACUAGCCCGCGAUUAUGUAACUAUAAUAAGCUCCUUCCCCCCCAAAAUCAUCCUCAAAACUCAAGGGGCUCGCCGCAGCUGCUAACUGGUGCCAAGUGCCAACCACUCUGCCCAUCUCUCUCUCUCUCUCUCUCUCUCUCUCUCUCUCUCUCUCAAGCAGUCUCUUCCGCAUCUAUCUAAGCACCUGGUUUUGAAAUCUUCACAAUAUCGGUAUUCUUUUGCAAAUACACAGCAUCUCUUCGUAAACGAAAAAUCUCCGCAAAAAGAAUUGAACUAUUCAUUCAUUCAUUUGCGAACACAUUCAUCGGACUUUCGCCUUUGUCCAGUCUAUUCGAUUUCAUUCAUUUUUUACGCAUACAAGUCAAGUAGGCCAUAAGUCUCUGUCAUGAUGGAGAUUUGAAACAGAAUCUCUGUUUUGAUUCGAUUUUUUUUUUGAGAUUUUCAAAAUCCUCCUGGAAAUGAAAGUGCACAAGAUAGUUUCUUUUAGCAUGAUAUUGCUAACGUGCGCGCCGCGGUGCAUUUUCUCGGAGGAGCGGCUCCUUGUGAACAUGAAUCUGGUUCGAAACGCUUCGGCCCUCGGAGCAUAUUGCUUGGAUGGAAGUUUGCCGGCUUAUCAUCUCCACAGAGGAUUCGGCGCCGGAGCACGCAACUGGCUUCUACAGUUCGAGGGUGGUGGGUGGUGCAAUGAUAUACAAUCAUGCUUGGUCAGAGCCAAAACCCGCCGCGGAUCUACACGUUACAUGAACAAGUUGGAGGUCUUCUCUGGAAUUUUAAGCAACAAUGCCUCUCUCAAUCCAGAUUUUUACAAUUGGAACCGGGUGAAACUCAGAUAUUGUGAUGGAGCAUCUUUUGCUGGAGAUGCUAAGUUCGACAAUGGGACAUCAUUGCUUUACUUCAGAGGGCAAAGGAUCUGGAAGGCAAUCAUUCAUGAUCUUCUCCCCAAGGGCUUGGGGAAUGCAAAAAAGGCAUUGCUUUCAGGGUGUUCUGCUGGAGGGCUGGCAUCUUUUUUGCACUGUGACAACUUCAGCGGUUAUCUACCAAGGAAUACUAGUGUCAAAUGCUUAAGUGAUGCUGGAUUUUUUUUGGACGAAAGAGACAUUAGUUUGAAACACACUUUUAGAUCCUUCUAUGAAGACCUUGUUUCUUUACAGGGGGUGGAACAGAAUCUGGACAAAAACUGCACGAGUUCUCUUUACAAUCCAAAUCAAUGUUUCUUCCCGCAGUAUGCGUUGCCAUUCAUUAGAACACCAUUUUUCAUCUUAAACUCUGCCUAUGAUGUGUUCCAAUUCCACAACAUAUUGGUUCCCACUUCUGCUGAUAUACACGGACACUGGAACCGCUGCAAGCUUAAUCCAGCAGCAUGUACCACUAUCCAGAUAAAUAUCUUGCAAGAGUUCAGAAAAGAUAUGCUCUCAGCUUUGAGGUUAUUCUACAUACACUCGAGGAGAGGCGGGAUGUUCAUAAACUCAUGUUUCGCUCAUUGCCAAAGUGAGUCACAAGAUACAUGGUUAGCAGCCAACUCCCCCAGAGUUCACAAUAAGACCAUUUCAGAAGCAGUUGGUGAUUGGUACUUUGGGAGAAGGGUGACAAAGGAAAUUGACUUUGCAUAUCCUUGUGACUCUACCUGCCAUAACUUGAUAGGCUGAGACCAAAGCUUCAGGUCAAAUUAAAGAUAAAUGCUAAGCUAGAGAAUAUUGAAAAGUACUUUUUCCAAAAAUCUUUGAAGAACGAAGCUGAUACAAAGUAUUUGCUGGCCAGUAUUGAUAAUUGUCUUAGCACAUAGCUCGUGUAAAGUUUCAGACGCUUUGUACACUUUCUAUCAACCUCAUCAGCCAAUAUUAGUAUAUAAUUUGCCGAUUUUACUUA